AUGGAACGACAUAGACAUAAUCAAAUUCUUAAUGAUUUUAACACUGCCACCAUUUUUCCUAAAUUCAUCACCCGUAGUCCGAAUGAACCUCAUGCUUCAAAGGUAUAUGUGCACAAGAUUUUUUAUCAGGUUCAGAAAGAGAUAUCAAGAUUUGGAGAUAAUUUUUUUCAAAAGAAUGUGAAUUCUUCGAACGGUGUUGACACGAUUAUUGUUUUGGAGAAAAAAAAAAACAACAUAAGCACUAUGCAAACAAAUGAUGUCGUUGUUGAUGACAAAGAUGAGGAAUACAAUUACGAUUGUCCUAUAAGGGAUACUGAAUACAUGGUCACACACUCAACAAAAGAUGGUUCAUUCAAAUGUUCUCGUAUGCAUUUUGAACAUGUCAGGAUCUUAUGCAGACACAUAUUCUGUGUGUUUAAGUUUUAUAGCAUUGAACAAAUCCCUGAAAAGUACAUUUUGAAACGUUGGCGUAGGGACGUUAUUCCAACAAAAUUACUAAAUAGAUGCUUCACUAAUUCUUUUGAUGAUUCGAAUUUUGACAUAACUGCUAUUGAUAUUUUUUCAAUUGUUGACCGUUGUGUAUCUUAUUUGACUCAUGAUGCAGCUAAGUUGAAGUUAUACCUUGACGAGCAUAAUAAGUUGAAAAAAAAAAUCAUAGACGAUUGUCCAAAUCAUGAAAGACCAAAUUGA